CUGCCUCCCGCCGCCAUGCUGGCCGCCACCGCCGCCCUCCUCCGCCGCUGCGCUCUCUCCGGCCUCCGCGCCGCCUCCGUCCGCCGCCCCGCCGGCCCCGCAGCUGCAGUCCAUGCCCGCUGCUACUCUCACGGGUCACAAGAAUCAGAUGAGGAAUUCGAUGCUCGCUGGGUGACAUAUUUCAACAAGCCAGAUAUUGAUGCCUGGGAGCUCAGGAAAGGCAUUAACACACUUGUGGGUUAUGACCUGGUUCCGGAACCAAAAAUCAUUGAUGCAGCUCUGAGGGCAUGCAGACGGUUAAACGACUUCGCCAGCGCUGUCCGCAUCUUAGAAGUUGUAAAGGACAAGGCAGGACCUCACAAGGAAAUCUAUCCAUACGUUAUCCAGGAGCUUAGACCAACUUUGAGUGAACUGGGCAUCUCCACUCCAGAGGAACUGGGCCUGGACAAAGCAUAAACCUCACUGGUGCAUGACUCGAGCAUCUGACUGAUGCUACCUGAAUGUACACUGUUGCCUGGAGACACAAACGUUAAAGUACAACCUUCCCUGAAGUGAUUUCUCCCUUUAUUGAGUCACAAUGUAUGUGAUGGGGAAGUUGGACCUAAUAAAGGAGAAACUGGUUUGACUGAUGUGG